AUAUCGAACAAUUGACCGUGACGAGCAACUGUUGAACCAGCAACACUUCAGGCCUGCCAGACAAGCGAGCCAACACUCAACUGGACAGAAGAGACAUAUUCACCAUGUCUUCUCCCGUAGCAAAGGCUGCGCGCCGUGUGACACACGAGCUUCAUGGUGUUGUUGUCUCUGCUGGCCUAAUGGACAAGACUGUCAAGGUCCGAGUUGGCGGUCAAAAAUGGAACAAGAUCGUCAACAAGUGGUUUGCCGACCCUAAGCACUAUCUCGUCCACGAUCCCAACUCAUCCCUCCGAACCGGCGAUGUCGUUUCCAUUGUUCCUGGAUGGCCAACCUCCCAGCACAAGCGUCACGUUAUCAAGCACAUUAUUGCGCCUUAUGGAACGCCCAUCACAGAGCGCCCUCCCGUGCCCACGUUAGAGGAAAGGAUAGCGGAUUACGAGGCUAAGAAGGCCAAGAAGGAUGAACGAAGGGCGGCGAGAAGACAAGAAGAGGAGAACCAGAGGCUGGAAGAGAAGCGUUUGGAAAACGAAAAGAAGGAGGCCAAACGUAAAGCAUGGGAGGAAGCUCAGCAGAAGCGCAAACCUCAGACAUCGGCAAGCGACGUCGAUUAAACUUAUUCAACCUUGAUAUUACGACACAUGACUGCAACAUCUCCAGGUGAUGAGAUAGGAAUGGACAAUGCGGGAUACCUGCUUUUUGGGACAAGGCGAUAGGAACAGAGGGCUGGAACAGCUAAGUUCUGUACGAUAUCAUGCGGGAGGAUCAUGGCAACAGAGAAGGAGCUGUUAA